AUGGCUCGUUGGCGCUCGGGGAGAAGGGGCUGGAAUUGUCGAUUGGGAGGUCUGGUGGUGACAGCGAUACUUUUCUUCUCAGCUGGUUCAAUCGGCUACCCCACUGCCUUCAUACGGUCUGCUGAAUGGUCCGACCUUGCCUCGCUAAAAGGAGCUGAUGUGCUUCCGCUCAUCACAGACAUUGGUCUGGAUCUCGGCAUGAAUGGCAGCAGAGGCCUGGAGGUCUCCGGCAUCUCCGGCUCCUGCAGCUUCAUCGCAGAUUUCGGUGUCCUCGACAUUCCCCUUGUGGGGCGCCUCCGCAGCCGCGCAGGGCUCCGCUACAGCCCGCUGUACCCGAGCGGGGCCCUGGAGCUGGGCUUCCGGAAGGAGCUCCGCACGGACACGGCGCAAGGCUACCAGCUUUUCAUGGGCUUCCAGUCCACAGGAGAUGACCGGAGGCUGGACGUUCUGGCAGACAUCGGCGCGUUGAAGCUGUUCCGGAAGGCGCGCGCCUUCUAUCGUUUUUUGUGGGGCUUCGGUGGUCCGUAUGAAGGCGACGGAGAUGCGAGGGGGCCCCGCUGGAACCAGAUGGGCUCAUCACUGGGCGUGACGCAGACAGACAUGCCGCCUCACAAGCGAGGGCAGCUGACCAUUGGUUGGCGCACUGGGCUCCUUGACGUGGGCCUAGAAGGUGGGAAGGUGCAGCCAGCUGCUGCAGCGCGCUGUGACAAGAAAGUGAAAGCGAAAACUCGAGGGCUGCGUGACAACCUCCUGGACUCAUCGCCUUGUGCCUCCUACUCGGUUGAUCUCGACACGGAACGUCUGGGGUCUGCGCAGGUAUCUUGGACAGUUCUGCCCGAACACCGGGUUCUGGAGCAUGCGCUGCACGUUCGCAGCAAGCGCGAUGACUCAGGGGGCAAGGCGACCUUCACGGCCCUGUUGGAGCAGUCGCUCUGUGCAAACCGAGCACGUCUCCGACUCGGUGCAAGCUACGAGCGAGAUUGA